AUGGCUGCUCAUGUCCCCGUGGCCCCCGGCCUGCCUCAGAUGUUCAAAGCAGGCGUGAAGUACUUCAGCGGCCUGCAGGAGACGCUCUUCAGCAACCUCACAGCCUGCAAAGCUUUGGUGUGCUCCUUGCGCACCUGCUAUGGCCCCAUGGGCCGCAACAAGCUGGUGGUCAACCACCUUGGCAAGAGCUUCCACACCUCCCAUGCUGCCACCAUCUUGCGCGAACUGGAGUUGGAAAACCCUGUGGCUUGUCUGCUGCGCACUACUGCUGAAGCCCAAGAGGCAGAGACGGGCGAUGGCACAAAUUUUGUCAUCCUCCUGGCUGGGGCACUGCUGGAGAAUGCAGAGAAACUGUUGCGGUCGGGGGUGCCGGUGGUCCACAUCUGUGCCGGUUAUGAGAUGGCUUGCAAGGAAGCCCUGCGCCUACUGCCUGGCCUUGUCUGCCAUGUCCUGAAAAAACCACGUGACAUGGAGGAGGUGCUGUGGGCUUUGCAGGCCAUUGUGGGCAGUAAGGUGUUUGGCCACCAGAACUUCUUGUCGAGCCUAGCGGCCAAGGCCUGUAUCUCAGUGCUGCCCCAGGCCAGUACAACCUUCAACCCGGAUUUUAUCCGUAUCUGCAAAGUCCCCGGAGGUGGCGUUGGUGACUCUUGUGUCCUGGACGGGGUGGUUGUCUGCACAGAGGCUGAAGGGGUCGUCAGGCGGGUAGAGAAGGCCCGUAUCGCUGUCUACUCCUGCCCCUUUGGCCCAUCGGGAUUGGAAGCAAAGAGCAACGUCGUUUUCCACAGUGCUGCAGAGCUAAAGGACUUUGGUGGCAGCGAAGAGAAGCUGAUGGAGCAACGCAUCAAAGCCAUGGCGAUCGCUGGCAUCAAUGCGGUUGUCGUGGGGGGAAAAGUGGAUGACAUGGCACUCUACUAUGCCAACAAGUACAGGAUCAUGGUAGUGCGACUGAAUUCCCGGAUGGAGCUACAAAGCCUGAGCCAGGCUGUGGGAGCCACCCUGUUGCUCAGUUUGGUCCCCCCAUUGCCGGAAGCGAUUGGGCACUGCCGUCGCGUCUACAUGAGUGAGAUUGGCAGCACCAAUGUGGUAGUAUUCAGUCAAGAUGGUGCCGCUUGCCCUGUGGCCACUGUGGUGCUUAGAGGAGCCACCCAGGAGAUGUUGGAUUGCCUGGAAGAAGCCGUCCAUGAUGGAAUCAGUGUCUACAAAAUCUUAGGCGGUGACCCACGGCUGCUGCCUGGCUCUGGUGCCACAGAGAUGGCACUGUCCGCACGGCUUAGCACUCUAGGGUUGUACUACCCUGGAUCGGAGCAAUACGGCAUCUUGGAAUUCUCCCAAGCCUUGAAAACCCUUCCAGCCACUCUGGCCGAAAACGCAGGGCUGCCAGUCAACGAAGUGAUGGCUAAGAUGGAGGUGCAGCAUCAACUGGGCAUGCAAAACACCGGUAUCAAGUUGGUCACCGAGGAAGCCGAUACUAUCAACGCCAGCAAGGAAGGCCUGCUGGAUCCCUUCUUGGUCAAACACCGGGGCGUUGUUCUAGCCACCCAGGCGGCGGUCACACUGCUGAGAGUUAGUGAGAUCAUGGUGGCCAAAAAGAGUGGGGGGCCCAAGCCCAGGGGGGGAAACCCCAACUGGGACCAAGAGCCAGACAUGCUGGAAUGA